AAGAUGAAUUUACUUUCACAUCUUUGAACGAAGCAAAACCGGAAAAUCAGGUAAAAAUUUUUAAAUUCAAUUUCGUUUAACCCUUUCUAUGCAUCCUCUAGAAUUUACGUAAAAUAAAUUUCAAAAGUAGAGCUAUAAAUUGUAGAAGUUAUCGCAAUUGUAAUUUAAGUUCAGUUGUCAGUAUGAGUGCAUUGUUAAAUCAGUUGAACGGGUCAACUCAAUGUAAAACAAUUGAAAGUUGGACCGCAAUAGGAUUAACAAUACCAGUAAUGAUGUUCAUACAACUACUGAUACAAUUGCUAAUAAUAAUUUAUAAAUGGUAAAGAUUAAAGAAUGAUAAUAAAUGGUAACUCAUUCACAAAUCAAGAUUUGGGCAAUUCAGUUAAUGUUGAUUAUGAGUUAAAUCAGGCCAACCGUUUCAGUAAUAAUCAUCAGUAAUACCAGUAAAUUUCGCUUCACAAGUUAGACCCAAGCCUGGUAAAAUUUGUUAUGUAUUAUUGUACGUUGUACUGGAAGCGAUGAUGAAGAUAAUAAUAAUAAUGAUGGUGAUGAGGAGGACGUAAAGAAAGUGAGGUGAGGUUAGGUAGCAAAGAGGAUGAGUUAAUCUAAAAAAUGAUGAAGAUGCAAAAGAGAGGGAGAGAAGUAGAGAAUAAGAGAGGGAGAGGAAGAUAGAGAUAGAGAGAAGAGAUGAUUUAGUGAAAAUCGGAUUUGUACUUUUCGGGUUAGUUGUUAACUGUAAUCAAGUGAAGUAAUCUUCAUCACCAACCACCAAAAAAAGGAAAGGCUUUUAUCGUUCUUGUGUGCAUCCAUCAUUACAACAGCUUUACUCUUCGGUUGCGAAUCUUGAGACAUCCAAAUAAACAAACAUCAACCAUGUUACCAAUUGUUGUGUUUACAUUUAUUUUGUUAAUCGGUGAAUCAGCAUAUGGUUAUCCCUCCGGUGCACCAGAGGAAACUUGUAGUUCCCUUUCACCUGAACACGGCCAUGGAGUUCCAUCGCAACCAGUGGCUCAAGCUCCAUUUUAUGUUGUAGCUCAUGGAAAGAAAUUUUCACCCGGUGAUAAGAUUGGCGUUGAAAUCUUUCAACGGGAUAAAGUAGCAACUUUCAAAGGAUUUUUAGUACAAGCUUUGGAUGCCGUUUCACACCAUCCAAUUGGUUCUUUUAUGUCCACAACGGGAAUGCAACCAAUUAAUUCAUGUUCAGCCAUCACUCACACGGAUCCCAGGCCAAAGAAGGGUGUUAAUCUUGUUUGGGAAGCCACAGUUCCUCAGUCUGGUGAAGUAAUCUUCAGAGCAACAAUUGUUCAAAACAAGAAACUCUACUACGCAAACAUAUUGGCCUAUGAAGCUGAACAAUUUUAUUCAACAUAAUUAAUUUGUAACCAACAACGCAUAACGUAUAUUGUAAAUGCACUUUCAAUCGCUCUUCCUUCGGCCAUCAAAAAUCCUUUUAUAUAUCUGAGCAAUUAAGCAUAAAUUGUCAUAUCUCUCCUUGUCUAUCCUCUCUUCACUCAUCAUCAUACAACUCUUUACUUUUUUACAAUAGUUUUGCUCUAAUUCACCAUUUUCAUUAAUGUAUAACUACUUGUUCGGGUAAGUAGCCCAGUGACCAUCCACAAAAACAAAGUAGAAGGAGGAUAAAAGGAGAGUAUAAUGUUCCUCCCAGAUAUUCACUACCAAAAAGUAUUUAUCACGAGCUAAAAUAAAUAAAAAAAGAAUGUUGACCGUUUUUUUGUUGAUAAAAA